AGGAAGUUGUUGCCCAGCCUGAAGACCAAGCGCGCCCCUGAGCUGGUGCUGGUGAUCGGCACGGGGGUGAGUUCAGCCGUAGCUCCUCAGGUGCCCGCGCUGCGCUCCUGGAAAGGUCUGAUCCAGGCGCUGCUAGAUGCUGCCAAUGACUUUGAUCUGCUUGAGGAGGAAGAGAGCCGCCGCUUCCAGAAAAGUCUGCAAGAGGACAAGAACCUGGUGCAUGUUGCUCAUGACCUUAUCCAGAAACUUUCACCGAGGACAGGAAAUGUACGCUCCACCUUUUUUAAAGACUGCCUCUACGAGGUGUUUGAUGACCUGGAGUGUAAGAUGGAGAACGUUGGGAAGCAUCUCCUCCGCUCCGUGCUGCAGCUGAUGGAAAGCGGCGCUCUGGUCCUCACCACUAACUUUGACAAUCUGCUAGAGAUUUACGCCGCCCAUCAAGGGACCAAGCUGGAGUCUCUGGAUCUCACAGAUGAGAAGAAGGUUCUGGAGUGGGCUCAGGAGAAGAGAAGACUGAGCGUACUCCAUAUUCACGGUGUUUACACAAACCCCAGCGGCAUCGUACUGCAUCCUGCUGGCUACCAGAACGUUCUGAGGAACACAGAAGUCAUGAGGGAGAUCCAGAAACUCUAUGAAACCAAGUCUUUUGUGUUCCUGGGCUGUGGGAGGACAGUAGAUGACACUACCUUCCAGGCUCUGUUUCUCGAGGCGGUCAAACACAAGUCUGACCUUGAGCAUUUCAUGCUGGUGCGGCGAGAGGAUGUGGGCGAAUUCAAGAAGCUCCGUGACAACAUGCUAGACAAGGGCAUUAAGGUCAUCUCGUACGGCAACGAAUACGCCGACCUGCCGGAGUACUUUGAACGACUGGCCAAUGAGAUUUGCAACCGGGAUGUGGAUCGCGACGUGGUAACCAAUGGCUGGGGAUCUCCCAUCUCACAAGGCGAAGAAAGUCAUAAUGGCUUUACAACCCAGAAAAACCUCCUGCAAGUGCAUGCUUCUAGAACGAUAGAAACAUGAAUACAGCACAAGGGCUUCUGUUGUUGUUUUAUACUCACCUUCCCACUGUACUCCUCUGCACCCGUGGCUUCCCGUGAUGAAAUCAGCUGAUGCGCACUGUGUUGUAACGAGACCUUCAUUGUAGCUCUUCCUCUUUCCCUGUCCAGACUACCACUCGUGACACAAGUGGCAGUCUGGGAACGUUUCCACAGCUCCGCCGCCCCCUUCCGCUCGGAUCUGGUAUGACUAGAUCUUCACGCA